AUGGCUUGGCUCAUGGCUGGGCCAGUGCUAGGCCACCCCCUUUGCGGUGUGAGUCCCAAUCAGGUUGCAAAGCCCACCCAGAAGAGCCUUCCCCCUGCGUGUUGUCUUCGCGAUGCAUUUCCCAAGCACUCUCGGUCUCCUCGCCGCUAUUGCGGCUCCCUCACCUCUGCCGUCGACCCCCUUGAGGUGAAGGGCCGCUACUUUGUCAACCCCAAUGACGGCUCGCGGUUCCAAAUUGUUGGUAUUGAUUACCAACCUGGCGGUUCCGCGGGUUACAAGCCCGACCUGGGCAGGGAUCCCCUCUCCGACCGGGACCACUGCCUUCGAGAUGCCGCCCUGAUGCAGGUUCUCGGUGUCAACACCAUUCGCGUUUAUAACCUCGACCCCAACAUCAACCACGACGAGUGUGCUAGCAUCUUCAAUGCUGCUGGCAUGUACAUGAUCAUCGAUGUCAACUCUCCCCUCCCCGGCGAAGCCUUGACUUCCUACAACCCCUGGGAAAGCUACUACAACACCUACCUCAACCGCACUUUUGCCAUUGUCGAGGCUUUCAAGAGCUACCCCAACACCCUGCUCUUCUUCUCCGGAAACGAAGUUAUCGACAAGGCCGAGAGCGCCGAGUUUGGGCCCCGCUACAUCCGUGCCGUCACUCGUGACUUGAAGAACUAUAUCAAGAAGCACUCUGACCGCUAUAUCCCCGUCGGCUACUCUGCCGCUGAUGUCCGAGACAUCCUCUGGGAUUCCUGGAACUACUUCACCUGCCGCAUCAAGGGCGAGAAGGAUGACGAGUCUCGCGCUGACGUGUUCGGCCUCAACUCAUACUCGUGGUGCGGUAACGCCACCUUUGAGUCUUCCACCUUCAAGGAUCUCGUCGAGGGCUUUGCCGACACCUCAGUCCCCAUUUUCUUCUCCGAGUUUGGCUGCAACGAGGUCACUCCCCGUCCCUUCACCGAAAUUGCCGCCAUCUAUAGCGACAAGAUGACUCCUGUUUUCUCGGGUGGCAUGGUUUACGAGUACACCCAGGAGAAGAACAACUACGGUCUUGUCCAACUCGACGACGAGGGCAACGCCGAGCUUCUGGUCGACUAUAACACGCUCGCCCAGCGAUAUGGUGCUCUCGACUUCGAUGCCCUCUACUCCCAGAAGGCUGGCGACGACACCCCGAGCCCGUGA